AUGCCCGGCGUCCCAUCUUCAAAGGGCUGCGAUGCUUGUCGCCGCGUUAAGAAAAAGUGUGAUGAGCUUAAGCCAUGUUCACGAUGUCGCCGGCUGCAGAUCAUGUGUAUCGGCAGUGGUCAGCAGCGGUUUAAGUUUAAGAACGCGGAGUCACAGUUGACGAAACAGGCAAAUGGAGGGCGAAAGCGGGCUCGAGCCGUUGUAUCUCAAGGCAAGAUCUUAGCAAAUUGCCCUCAAAUCUCAAGCCAGAUUCCGGGCAAUGAGCUAGCCGCAUCGUUCGCUAAUACUCUCACUAUGAACGACGUCAGAUGGGACAUAACCUAUUAUGGAGCGUUCCUGAAUGAGAUACCCCGACGUCUAGGCAGUAGCGUGGCUCUAGAUGCGUCUGUGAAGGCAGUGGUCACGGCCUAUCCGUAUUUUCGCCACCAAAAUUUUUCGCCGGAUGCUUACAUGGAAUAUUGCAAUUCUCUUCGGGCUCUUCGAGAGUCCUUGAAUGACCCAGUCGAAGCGCAGUCACCCAAUACCCUCUGUGCUGUUUACCUGAUUACUAUCUGCCAAAGCUGGCUUGGAAGAUAUGACGAUAAGCUAAAAAGUCAUGGCGAAGCUAUUGCACACCUCUUGAAGAUUACCGACCUGCGAAAAUGUCAAAGCAGCUUUGAGAAAGACAUGAUUGUGACAUUGACUGUUCCCGUGAUCCUGGAGGCUGUCGUCAAUCCCCGCAUUCAAAUGAGUUCUCAAUGGUGGGAAGAUGUGACGCGACGGUUUUCUGUGGCACCAUGUCCUCGACAUUCGAAUCCACCCAGAUCCUCGAAUACGCUGAGCACCCUUGCUAAGUUCCCCGAGUGGAUACGACGACCAGAUCCGUAUAUCCCCGAGAUUGCAGUUGUUUACCUUACAAUGCGAGAUGACGCUGAAAGGAUGCAUCAGUAUUUGGGUCAUUGGUCUGAUCCGGCAUCUGAUUCAUUCACUGAUUCAACUACUUUGGAGCACUGUCGCUAUCAGGCGGGAUACACGCUGGUUGUCACCCUUGCUCUUAUUCUGAACACUCUUCUUCGGGCGUUUGAUUCCAACAAUACUGUCCUCGUGACGGAAGCAUUUUCAUUCUGCGAUCAUAUAAUACGCCAAGCAGAGAUUGCUUGCCGUUAUCGUCCACUUGGGGCAGCUUACAUCUCGCUUUGCCUUGUGGUAGGAUGUUCUACUGCAGAGGAUCCACAACAGCUAGCACAUCUCCAGGCUCUCUUGGCUGACUACUCGACGGAUUUCAAAGAGAUCAAUUGGAUCGAACGUGUCAUGUGGCUUCGGGCCUCUUUUUACAAUCAUCAUCUGAGAGCUGGGUCAAAUAGAAACACUGCCAGUCAUUAUGAAGCUGGUGGGAAGCUGGUGGAAGCUGCCUGGGGUGAGCAUAAUCGUCGCCCAGAAUCAUGCUGUAUAAUGUGA